GUCAGUAACACAUGUGUAAGCGCCGCCGAAGGAGCGAGCGAGCCGGCUAGAGGCCCGCGCCGCCGCCUCCGAGCCGGGCAGCAGCAGCGGGGCAGCCGAUCGGUCCAGCGCACCCGGCCGGCCCGCAGCUCCCCACUCCGUGCGUCCUCGUACCGGCCGCGGGACCGAGCCUGUACCGCCGCUCCCGGGCCGCAGGUCGCGGGAGGGGGGGAGCUCGGUCGAGCCGCCGGCGGCCCCGAGCGGGCGGGCGGGCGGGAGGAAGGCGGCGGCGGAGGAGGAGGAGCGCGGGCGCGGCGGGGGCGGGGGCGCGUACAAAGUGAAGCCACAUUGCCAAACUUGCAGCCGCGAUUGCAGCAGUGGCUGCCGCUGCGCCGUGCGGGCCGGGCCGAGGGCGCCUGCAGCUGCUCGCGCGCAGCCGGGGGCUGAGGACCGGGACCCUCGGGCUGAGACUUGACACUUCUGCGCCGGGCCGCCUGCCACUUAGCGUGGGGCUCCCUCUACCCGCCCCAGAGCCACGCGAUUAAAAAAAAAAAAAAAAAAAAACCAGCCCUUAGCCCCCUCCUCCCCUUUCCUGCUUCUGCGAGAACUCCCUCCCUCCCUCCAGCUCCGCCAGCCCCGGCGCCCCUGCCCUGGAAGCCGAGCGGCUCCGCUCGCAUUUCGCCGCCGCCGCCGCCUCUCGCAGUGUUGCAAUAUAGGGGAGAAGCAGACCAUGGUGAAUCCGGGCAGCAGCUCGCAGCCGCCCCCAGUGACGGCCGGCUCCCUCUCCUGGAAGCGCUGCGCAGGCUGCGGGGGCAAGAUUGCGGACCGCUUUCUGCUCUAUGCCAUGGACAGCUACUGGCACAGCCGCUGCCUCAAGUGCUCCUGCUGCCAGGCGCAGCUGGGCGACAUCGGCACGUCCUGUUACACCAAGAGCGGCAUGAUCCUUUGCAGAAAUGACUACAUUAGGUUAUUUGGGAAUAGCGGGGCUUGCAGCGCCUGUGGACAGUCGAUUCCUGCAAGCGAACUCGUCAUGAGGGCCCAAGGCAACGUGUAUCAUCUCAAGUGUUUCACAUGCUCUACCUGCCGGAAUCGCCUGGUCCCGGGAGAUCGGUUUCACUACAUCAAUGGCAGUUUAUUUUGUGAACAUGAUAGACCCACAGCCCUCAUCAAUGGCCAUUUGAAUUCACUUCAGAGCAAUCCACUACUGCCAGACCAGAAGGUCUGCUGAGAGGACAGAGUAAUGCAGAAUGCGUGCCUUCAUCUCAGAAUUGCUCAUCCCAGGUGGAUCCCAUGUGUCUGCAGUAGACCAGUCACCUUUGUAGCCAGCACCAUGCCAUCGCGCCCCCUUUAGUCUUGAGUACCCUUCCUGCAUUUAUUGGUGUAUUAAAAUGACUGAAUAUGAACAUUAAGGACUCCAUGAACCUGGGCUAAUGGGAGAUGGUAGCGAGAAUGAAAAAAGAUCCACCGAAGGACAUCUAGGGGGGAGGGUGCUUGGGGGGAGGGAAAUGACUAAUGAAGCUAAUUAAAAGAAGCAUCACGAAUCUGCUUUCUACCCUCAUUAACAAUUAGCAGGGCACCGGCCAGAGUGUGAGCCCUGUUUUCCUUUAACAACAUUCUGUUUGCUCUUUGUAUAUUUAAGUGUUGUAAUGAAAUGUGUUUCAAUCAACCUGAACAUGAGUUAAAAGGAAAGAGAUGUGGCUUUUGUGAUAAUUCUAUCACAAACACUUUUAUUGUAUCUGUGUAAAAUACAAUGUAUGUAUGCAUGUGAGUGUUUUUGUCCUGAUGUUGCUCCGCCCAUGACAAAGGUUAAAAAAAAAGAAGAAAAAAAAAAAAUGAGGCUCAUAGCCGCUACUAUGUAGAAAUGCCCCCUACUUCUAAUUUGCUGAAUGAAGAAAAAAAAUCUUUUAUUUGUGAUAUUUUCAGAGACAUUUGCUCUAGUAUGGUGUAUUUAAAUAAUAAAAACUUAAAAGAAAAAAGUAUUCAACAGA